AUGCAUGAUGAAGCACCUGAUGUUAUACGCUUAGUUGUGCAUCUUCCUAAUCAACACUUAGUUACUUUUUAUGAUAAUGAAUCUGUUGCCAGUAUUAAUCAACAUGCACAAAACCAAAAGACCACUUUAACAGCAUGGUUUGAUGCAAAUUGUGAUCAAAAUAUUUAUCAAUU